GGGGAAUUACAGCUCUUUCUGAGGCCAGAGCUCCUACAGGACCCUCGGCUACAGGAUGAGGAGCUUCCCGCUCACGCUCGCCCUCGCACUGUGUGCGGUCUCUGUGGUUUGGGCCGACAGUAAGAUGAGGAAGAAGAGAGCGUGGAUCAUCGACAGCUUCAACAUUGAGGAGGAGAACCCAGGUCCGUUCCCGUACCUGUUGGGACGAAUUGAACUGGACCGGAAGUAUCUGGUGAAGUUUAGGCUCCUGGGCAGUGGAGUUAAUGAAGAACCUGUAGGAGUUCUGGAAAUGAAGAGUAACGGGGAGAUCUGGGUCCACAAGAAAGUCAACUAUGAGGACUUUCAGAUCCUCAGGUUAACGUUUGAAGCCAGAAACGUCUCCAACGAUCAAGUGGACACAAGACUCGGGGUGGAGAUCAAGAUCCUGGAUAUUAAUGAUCAUCCCCCCGUCUUUAACCGACCAGUCUACGACACUUCUCUGGAAGAGUCUGCAACUCAGGGUCAGCAAGUUUUAACGGUGGUGGCGUCAGAUCUGGAUGAUCCUCAGACUCCUAACGGAACUUUCUCCUUCAGAAUCGCCUCGGUUACGCCCAAAACCCAAAACGCCGAGUUCUUCCUGGAGCCGACCGGAACCUCACUGACCGCCAGCAUCUAUUUCAGAGGCUGUUUAGACUACGAGGCAGCGCAGAAAUACACUAUACUGGUUGAAGCUAAAGAUGAUGGAGAUAAAGUGAAGCUCUCCAGCACCAGCACUGUGAUCGUCAACAUUAUCGACAAGAACAAUCACCUGCCGGUCAUCACCGGCCAAACGGGUCCGGGGAGGAUAAAGGAGCGGGACAGCGGGGUGGAGGUCCUGCGGUUGCAGGUCUCUGAUAAGGACAGUCCCGGAUCCGACGCCUGGAAAGCUAAAUAUAAAAUUCACGCAGAUAAAGAAAAAUACUUCAAAAUAGAGACGGACCCACAAACCAAUGAGGGAAAACUCACCGUCAUAAAGGCGAUGGAUUAUGAAGAGCAAUCUUCCAUGAAUAUCUCGGUGAGCGUGGAGAACCUGGUGCCGUAUUUCUCCUGCGAGGUCACGGCUCGUCCUAAUCAGAGGCUGUGGGAGGUGAAGACCGUCACCGGCGGUCCCGACGUGAAGCUGCCAAACUACCCCGUACUGUACCCCAUCACCAUCGCGGUGGAGGACGUUAAUGACCCGCCGGAGUUCGUCCCGCCGGUCAGGAAGGAGGGCAUCAUGGAGAACACCAAGGCAGGAACCUCCCUGUGCACGCUGAAGGCCAUCGACCCCGAUAAAAACUUCGCCAACACGUUUCGUUUUUUUAAAGGGGAAGAUGUGGAAAACUGGAUAACUGUAGAUCCGAAGACAGGGCAAGUGUUCACAGCGAAGGUUCUAGAUAGGGAAUCACCGUAUGUGAAGAACAGUUCCUACCCUGUGAUAAUGUAUGUAGUGGAUAAUGGUGAGCCUCCAAUGACGGGAACUGGAACCCUGAUCAUCCAGGUGGGGGAUCAGAACGAUAACCUGCCCACACUGACGGCCAAUUCACUAGGAAUGUGUUUAUCUGAUAAACCCACCAUGAGCAACAUCACGGCUGUAGAUCUGGACCUGCCUCCAUUCAGCGGACCCUUCACCUACGAACUGCUGGGAGAUGUGAAGGGGAAGUGGAGGAUCGACCCCAGCCACGGAAACACAGUGAACCUGGUGAAGGAGAGCAGUGUGUAUUCGGGUCACCAUGAGCUUCAGGUUAAAGUAUCAGACAACCAGGGCCUCAGCCUGACCCAGAACAUCUCCGUCACCGUGUGCGACUGCAUCACCAUGCCCAACUGCCUGGAACGCAGAGCUUCAGGAGCCCAGGUGGGCAACAGCGCCAUCGGGAUCAUGAUCUUCGCAAUGCUCCUCCUGCUGGCGGUUCUGCUCAUGGCGAUGCUGAUCUCCUGUAAACAGGAGAAGAAGAUGAUCCUGACGGAUGACGGGCCGGGCUGGCGUCUCCUCGAGUCCAACAUCGAGACGCCCGGAACCGACUGUAAGGUUCCCGCCAAAAUCACGCAAGUGGACGGCACCCAGACCGUGAAAGGAAACAACUACAUAGAAGAAUACAAUGGAAAUGUUAAACAGGAAAUGAUGCAGCAACAAAGCACGAUGGCUGUUCAGGACAGUUCUUUCUAUAGGGAGCAGAUGAUGAGGAGAUCUUUACACCGGAAUUCCACCAGACGCUCGUAUAGAAGCUAUCGCUCAGCUACGGAAACAAUGAAUAGAAAUUAUUCAGCGUUCUCUGCAGACGACUACCGCCUCCGACAGGACCUGUUCACUCGCAUUAAUCAGAACCUGGCCCAACUCCAGGCCCCGGAAAAAGAGCUGGGUGAUUACGAGCCGCACUGCUACGCCUACGAAGGAGAACCCAUGCUCAACCCUCAGCUGGACAACAUCUCCAUCACCGAGAACGAGUUCCACCCAGACCUCCUCACCAACCUGGACCUCCGGUUCAACAAACUCGCCUCCAUCUGCAGACCAGACCUCGCGUCAUAGCCUCAGACCAUCUUUAAUAAUCUGUUUACUUGAUAAUGAUUAACAGAUAUAGGAGGUUUUACAGAUUUGAGGAGUGUUUAUGUGUCAUAGUUUCAGUUGUAUGUGCUGUUAGUGGCAUUACUGAGGAGCCAGGGGCUGAAUAUUGUAUAUAUUUAGAAAUUCUAAAUUGAUGAAGUUGCCAAAAUGAGAGUUUUUGUCUUUUUUAAUAGAGUAGAAAAGAACUGAAGAAUUGAAAUAAAAAAAGCAGUGUAAGUAAAGAAAGACAGAAGAUCUGAGCUGCACUGACCUUAAAAACAGAUACACCGUCCUUCAUUAUCAUUGGCAUUUAUCCUCAACAUCCUUAUAGAUCAUCAACGGUAGAUCAGCUCUUGACCAGCAGAGUGUACCCAGACAGCAUGAAGAACUGGCCCAAGAUCAGCUGAUGUAAAAAUAAUUGGUUGAGACUCAGCAUUAGGCAUGUGGAAUGUAUUGUGAUUUAUACUCAACAAAUACUCGAGUUGGCAUUAGUGGCUUGAGCUGAUUCCCGUAGUAUACUCAGCAAUCGGAGUGUUCGCACAAGCAGCUUGGGUAGAUUGGGUAGAUUCCCAUAUUAUACUCGGCAAAUGGGGUGUUUGGCACAAACAGCUUGGCCCAGUUGUUGUACUAUACUCAGCAAUCGGGGUGUUCGCACAAGCAGCUUCAGGCCAAUUGUCAUAUUAUACUCAGGAACUGGGGUAUUAGCACAAGAAGCUUCAAGCCAAUUGCUGUAUUAUACUCUGCAACCGGGCUGAAGGAACAAGCAGCCUCUGGUCAAUUGUCAUAUUAUACUCAGGAACUAGGGUGUUGGCAUAAGUAGUUUGGGCCAAUUCCUAUAGUGUACUCGGCAACAAGAGUAAUGGCACAAGCAGCUUCAGGCCAACUGUCGUAUUAUACUCGCCAAGCCAAUUGCUGUAUUAUACUUGGCAACCAGGGUGAAGGAACAAGCAGCUUCAGGCCAGUUGUAGUAUUAUAGGCGGCAACUGGGGUGUUGGCAUAAGCAGUUUGGGCCAAGUGCUGUAUUAUACUUGGCAAUCAGGGUGUUGGGACAAGCAGCUUCUGGUCAAUUGUAGUAUUAUACUCAGGAACUGGGGUGUUGGCAUAAGUAGUUUGGGCCAAUUCCUAUAGUAUACUCAGCAACAAGAGUAAUGGCACAAGCAGCUUCAGGCAAAUUGUCGUAUUAUACUCAGGAACCGGUGUGUUGGCACAAGCAGCUUCAAGACAAUUGUCGUAUUAGACUUGGCAAUGGGGGUGAUGGUAUAAGCAGCUCGAGCUGAUUCGCAUAUUAUACUCAGCAACCAGAGUGUUGGCACAUGCAACUCUGGCCAGUUCCUAUAUCAUACUUAGCAACCAGAGAAUUGGCAUAAGCGGCUCGGGCCAAUUCCCACAUUACACUCAGCAACCGGACUGUUCGCACCAGCAGCUUCAGGCCAAUUGUUGUAUUAUACUUGGCAACCGGGGUGAUGGCUCAUGUGGCUUGGGCCAAUUGUCAUAUUAUACUCAGCUACUCGAGUGUUGGCACAAGCAGCUUGGGUAGAUUCCUAUGUUAUACUCGGUAACCGGGGUGUUGGCACAUGCAGCUUCAGGCCAAUUGUUGUAUUAGACUCGGAAACCAGGCCUCUAGCAUCUUUGCUAUGUUGGUUUGUUGUAUCAGUAGACUUUUAAAAACAGGUCUUUUUGAGUUACGACAUAGAAUAACCAAUUUUGGUGUAUUAAAAAGACUUUAAAAAUAUUAAUUUCAUUAAAAAAUCAUUUACUAACUUGAAGGUUUUUCACAUUUACGAUUCUCUUCAACAAGGAAAAUUUUUAUUUUUGGAUCCAAAAUUGUUUCUUCUGAGAAAUCUCUCUAAAAAAUUUUUAUGCAUUCUUUCUUUUUAACAUAAAACAAGAUGAAUAACAUUUGAUGUCGUCAUGGUAAUGGAGAAUACAGAUACUGCUGGAGGAUGAUCUCUCUGUGCUGAUGUAAAUUUAGAUGUACAGUUCACUGAAAGGUGGAAUAGGGUGAGGUGGUAACCUGUUGUUGUACAUGUUUAGAUAAAACCUAUUGAAUAAUGUUCUAUAUUUUUACAAAACAGUUUUAUUUUCCAGCGUGAAUUUUUGUUGUAAGCUUGAACAGUGGCUUUUCUGAUUGAAUGUAUUAACUAUUGGAAGUUUACCUCAGUUUAACUUUUUACAAAGUUGAAAACAGUAUAUAAUGUAAAUAGACAGACCGAAAAAGUAGUAGAUUCAAUUAGAUUACCUUUCCUCACACUUCCAAAUGUAGACGUACCUCAAUAAAAUGGCAAAAUCAGAGAAACUGAUUCAGAAAUUAAAGUGGACUCUUCAUUUUUACCAGAGCUGUAUACAGAAGUAGACAGGAAACACCUGGGGACAAGUAACAAGGGGGCGGGGUUACAAAGUCAUGGGCGGAGACAAGGAGAACACAGAGGAAUGUGCCAGAAAGCACACGGCUGGGAAAACAGGCUGUUUUAUUACUGAAUGUAUGGAGAUGGGCGGAGCUACACACAUAAGCAUUAUACUGCAACCAGCCAGCAGGGGGCUAGACGCUGGGUUGUCUAUGCUUUUCUACAGUCACUGAUUGAAAUGAUUAGAAUUGAGUACAUUUAACAUGUUUUAUAUAGAUAGAAAUAUAAUGUAAAUAGAUAGAAUUUUAAAAUGUGACAGAAAUGGUUCUUUGAUCAAUUCUAUAGAGGAGUUUGUGUUUUAGGGAUCAGAAGGAGCUUCUUCUAUGGUGUUGAGUAAAGAACAGUUUUGUGGUUUUAGAGUUAAGUGUGUAGAGUUUUAUAAUGGUUUGGGUCACCGUCUCAGGCUGCUGCCCACAGAACAGAGAACAGAGAACAGAGUGUGAAAAUGUUUAAAUGUUUUGAAAAUGUUUGAUUCCAUAAAAUUUUUGUACCAUAAAAUAAAACUGAAUAAAAUUAAUGU